GGCCUGAGGCUGCGCCGCCGCCGCAGCUCGUGGUGGGUCCGCAGGGGCCGGGGGUGGCUCGGGCGGCCUCCCGGGUCGCCGGUUCCCCGGAUAGGCGACGCCCCUUCUCCGAGCCGCAGUUCCUGCGUCCGCUAAACGGGGCCGAGAACGCGGCUUAAGGGUAGUCCCGCGUGUAAGUCCCUCUCGGUCACCUGGCCGUCAGGCUCACCGGGUCUGGGGUCCGAUCGCGGCCGGCAGGGUCGUGGGGGGCGCAACUAUGAACUCGCUGGCGGCACCCCAGGACCGCCUGGUGGAGCAGCUGCUGUCGCCGCGGACCCAGGCCCAGCGGCGGCUCAAGGACAUUGACAAGCAGUACGUGGGCUUUGCCACACUGCCCAACCAGGUGCACCGCAAGUCGGUGAAGAAGGGCUUCGACUUCACACUCAUGGUGGCUGGUGAGUCAGGCCUGGGGAAGUCCACACUGGUCCACAGCCUCUUCCUGACCGACUUGUACAAGGAUCGGAAGCUGCUUAGUGCUGAGGAGCGCAUCAGGCAGACAGUGGAGAUCCUGAAGCACACAGUGGACAUCGAGGAGAAGGGCGUCAAGCUGAAGCUCACCAUCGUGGACACGCCGGGUUUCGGAGAUGCGGUCAACAACUCCGAGUGCUGGAAGCCCAUCACUGACUAUGUGGACCAGCAGUUUGAGCAGUAUUUCCGCGACGAGAGCGGCCUCAACCGCAAGAACAUCCAAGACAACCGGGUGCACUGCUGCCUGUACUUCAUCUCCCCCUUUGGGCACGGGCUGCGGCCGGUGGACGUGGGUUUCAUGAAGGCUUUGCACGAGAAGGUGAACAUCGUGCCUCUCAUCGCCAAAGCUGACUGUCUCGUCCCCAGUGAGAUCCGGAAGCUGAAGGAGCGGAUCCGCGAGGAGAUUGACAAGUUCGGGAUCCACGUGUACCAGUUCCCUGAGUGCGACUCAGAUGAGGAUGAGGACUUCAAGCAGCAGGACCGGGAAUUGAAGGAGAGCGCGCCCUUUGCCGUCAUAGGCAGCAACACGGUGGUGGAGGCCAAGGGGCAGCGGGUCCGCGGGCGACUGUACCCCUGGGGGAUCGUGGAGGUGGAGAACCAGGUGCACUGCGACUUCGUGAAGCUGCGCAACAUGCUCAUCCGCACGCACAUGCACGACCUCAAGGACGUGACGUGCGACGUGCACUACGAGAACUACCGAGCGCACUGCAUCCAGCAGAUGACCAGCAAACUGACCCAGGACAGCCGCAUGGAGAGCCCCAUUCCCAUCCUGCCACUGCCCACCCCGGACGCGGAAACUGAGAAGCUCAUCAGGAUGAAGGACGAAGAGCUGAGGCGCAUGCAGGAAAUGCUGCAGAAGAUGAAGCAGCAAAUGCAGGACCAGUGACCCCACCCCAGCCCCACAUCUCCAGGGAUCUACCACCUCUCGGGAUGGCCCCUCCCACCCCUGGAGCCCGGUGGGCCUGGACUUGACCCUGGAUUCGCCCGGCUCUUGGACUGACCUGGACCCAACCCUAAACCUAGAGUGGCCCAGAUCGGACUGUUCCCAACCUGGAGGCAUGGGGCCGCAGCCCCUGCUGACCCUAAUUUAUUCUCAGCAUCAACCCCUCCCAGGUCAUCGGUAUCUGCUCCCGAGGGGCCUGGACAAUGGCCCCUGCUCAGCUGGGCCCCCCUGGCCUUGGGGGAUCAGGAGCCAAGUUGGGUGUGGCUUCUGAGAUGUCCCCUCCUCCUCCAGGAAAGUCAGAGUACCCAGACUUCAGGCCCCACUCAGGCAGGCGCACAAAGCGCCCAAGUGGGAAACGGAUCCCCAGGGUCCCGCAGAGCGGACUGGGGAGGUGUCCUGGGCCUGCUCCUGGGGGCCACCCAGUGUAUGCUGGGACCCCACUUUGUGCUGAGGUCGGCUGGGUCCUUCCUUACCUCACUCACGCCCACCGGGCGGAGUCGGAUGGCGGCAGCCAACCGGAACCCUCUGGAGGCUGAGGCCGGGGACGAGGAAGGCGGGGCGGGAUGCCUGUGCACGCCCACGCCCCUUCCCCACAGUCCCGGCAGGACCUGGACGGCUCCCAGGGCAGCGGGUGGUGGGCCAUCCCCUGGCAGCUUCCUGUGCCUGGACGGCCUUGCCCUGCCUGCACCUUGGAGUCUCCCCAGCAGCACUGCCGCCCCAGCCCCGGGCCUCCCGGACUCCUCCACCCCGCAUGGCUCCUCCCUUCCGCACACUCUGUGCUCCAUUUUGUUUAGUUGUGAAUGCUGCGUCCUGUCCUGGUGACAGGACAACAAUGUUGGUGAACGUC